GGCACAAGGACAGUCGAUAGCGGUCAGAUAGGUGUAUCCGAAACGAAAACAACUGUAAACACAAACAUUUGAAGACUGACGGUUGAGGGUUAUGAAGUUUACAGCUCACUAAUAGAAUGUUGGAUAGAGUGGUCAAGGACUGGCUCUCAGAAUACAAGGGCCUGUCAAAAGAGGAAGUCCGGAGUUUUGCAUCGACCAUCAGGCAGAAUGAGGAGUUGGUACAGAGCCUGAAUAAGCUGUUUGAGAGCAAGCCAGCUGUAGAGCACCUGGAUCCAGUGUGUCACCAGCUGUUCGAGUUCUACCGCUCCAAGCAGUCCGACCUGCGCAUCUUCGCCCUGGAAUAUGUCCCCACUCUCAUCUGGCUGUAUCUCAGUUGCCUCAGCCACAAUGACAAGAAGAGCUGCGGAGGAGUUGAAGCCUUCAUUCUCGGGGUCUACAAUCUGGAAAUCGUGCACUCGGAUGGAAAGGCCAAGGUCAUGACAUUCAGGAUCCCAUCCUUUGGGCAACCAUCCGUCUAUCAUGAGCCCAGCAACCUGAGCACACUGACACUGACAGAGAGUGCCCUAUCUCGCUACAACCAGAGCCAGGAGACCUGGAAGAGUGGCCCCUACCCUCAGUAUGAGAGUGUCAACGGCCAGAACAGACACGGCAUUUUGUCAUACAUCAUGUCUGCCUACAACACUCACAUCGUCUCCCUGGCUACCAGAUCACAUCAGUCGCUGUGCAAAAUAGCGUCCAGGUUGGCCGCGACGGGCUUCAGCAACCUGCUGCACCACAGUGAGGCGGACUCGAGUCCCGACAGCCUGUGUGACCGGCGCAAUGGCUUCCAGUCAGAGGUGCUACCCAGGAUCCCCGUCAGUCCUGCCCUGCUGGUGGAGAUGCUGUCUGGAGUCUACUAUGUCAUGUUCAAUGGUCAGGCGAAUGUGGGUAUCCAGUCGGUGGAGGACAUCCACUCCAGGGCCUGCUAUGAGCUCUACUCUGAUGUUCAACUGGUGACAAGUGCAAUUCUCAACUCUCUCAAGUACAACCCAUCAGGCCAGCCGCAGGACGGUCCUAUGGGCAUCAGCAUCGCCCUGUCUUCCUCCUCCUCCACUUCAGGCCUCGCCAAGUCAGCUCUCACUAAUGCUUCAUUCAGAACAAAGAAACUGCCAGAUGACAUUUCUGUGCCAACUGCCAAAGAUGUGAAACUAGAACCCAUUGACGAAGAUGGGGACCAAGGUCAAGGUCUUCCCAAAGGGGCAAGGUCGUCAGGGAAGAAGGCAGCAAAGAAAGGAGACAAGAUACGAGGAAAGGAUGUUCGGAAAGAUUCUGAUGCAAGCACAAAAUCAGCCAUUUUCAAUGGAGAUUCCUCUGAUAGUAUUUCCGUGGCAGUGGUGAAGGGGCAGUCAAAGUCAGUCGUAGACAACCUUGAACUUCAUGCGUUGCCACGGCGAUCAGGUAGCCAUGAUGAUCCCUAUGUCGCAGCAAAUGGUAGUGAUGACAGCUUCCAGUCGGAAAAGAGUCGAAGUUUACCAGCGACAAGCAGAAGCAAGGAUAGCAAGAAUGGUUCUGUUAAUCAGGAGAACUUCAGUACUGAUUUAUGAUAAUUCUUUAAAUGAACAUGGUGCAUUUCAUCAGGUCUUUUAACCCUUCAAUAUUAACUCUUUCUACAACUUUAUAUCUUUACCCGAGACACUUCACACUAAAUCAUUUUUAUAUAGUUUAUAAGUUGAUGCAUGUCCAGAUGAUCAUUGUGUAGCAGUGAGUAAGUUUAAAGUUUUAGUGUUAAGUUUUAGUAAGUCAUACUGUGUAAAGCCUAUUUAAACAGGUAUGCCCAAAAUGAGUGAGUGAUUAUUGUAACGUCACAUCGGUAAUCUUGCAGCCAUUCAAGACGAAGUGACGCAAGUCGAAAACAGUGCUGAGUUAAUAUGGGAUUCACUCAGCUGCCAGUAUUAAUGUACGAACAAAUGGUAGAGUUAAAAGGCCUUAUUGAAAUGUUGCUCGUAAAUGUCUUUAUGAUUUCAUUCUCCAGUGUACAUAGUGAGCAUGAAUGAACUUCUUUUAAUUUGUUACAUGUUCAUUGCUUAACCAUGCUUUUAUAGUAUGCAAAUACCCUCUUUAAGAUCACCAAUGGUUUAUAUCAUGAAAUUCCUGUUACGAAUUAUAUUUGUUGCUAUCAUAACCAACAUGUUUUCGCUUGGUGCCAUUCAAUGAUACACAGUAAAGUAUGUUUAUAAUGAACACGUUUAUAACGAACUGAUCGAUACUUAUUUCUUAGUCCAGGCCAUUUGCUGUAUAUAUGCUUAGAACGAACUACAGUUAUUAUGAACUCAAAUAAGUGGUCCCUUUGAGUUCUUUUUAACCGUAGUUUACUGUAUAUGCCUACUGUUAUCAAUAUAGAACAAGCAUGGACACAGGUAGAAAUGAUGAGGUGUUAAGCUGUGGAAUUGUGAGCUUACGUGUGAUGAAAGUGACAGCCUUGAAACGUUCAUUGACAGUGCAGUCUUGGGCAUAUUCUUGAAAUAUUAACACUGAUAAAUGUAUCCAGUAGAAUGGUUGAAAUGCAUGUACGACAAGCUUCGAAUUUUGGGAUAUUUCUUUCUUUCAUUUUUGUGAGUUUAGCUUAUGUGCAUCUUGAAUAGCAUGUUUUACCCAGCACAGUAAGUGCAUAAAUACUGUGUUAAUGUCUCUUAUGAUUUCUGAUCUCAUAUCAGCCAAAUUCUGUGUUUGUCAGUGUGACAUACUGUUCUGUGGAAUCUAUACAGGGGAGGUAACUAUCUUAAUCAGGGGAGGUUACUCUAUCCUACUCUGCCAUAUUGUAAUUUCUUGAAGUUUUGUGUUUAUGUUCCAUGACUGGUCGUGGGGUCUGUUUUUAAUUGAGGUAAUCUUGUUGAUUUGUUUGUAAUUGUGGAUUGUUGGUUGUGUAUGUCAGGUUUUGUUAUGUUUGUCAAUACGUGUUCUCCGUUAUCCCAUUCCAGCUGGGGCGGUCGGGUAGCCUAGUGGUUAAGGCGUUCGCUCGUCACGCCGAAGACCCGGGUUCGAAUCCCGACAUGGGUACAAUGUGUGAAGCCCAUUUCUGGUGUCCCCCGCCGUGAUAUUGCUGGAAUAUUGCUAAAAGCGGCGUAAAACCAAACUCACUCACUCACCCAUUCCAGCUCUUCUGAAGUCUUCAUUCCAGAUCUGUCAGUUCUUGUUUUAAUGUUAAUAUUUUUGUACAACAUGCUUACUUUAAGAUGUGAGAUAAAAAGGACAGCACUUUGUUUUACAUUCAAGAAGUAGUAUAUAUAUUUUGGAAGAAAGUGACACAUUUUAGUUGAAGAUUAAGAAUAAGUACAAUUUUGCCAUUUAUGAAAUGUGAUUCUUUUCUCCAGAAUCCUGAAAUGGUAAACAGAUGCAACAUGAUAUCAAACACAACACGUUAUUCUGCAUCAACUCAAGAUUCCCUGUACUCGUAUUGACUUCAACCAACAUGGAAAUGGUUUUUUUAAAACAGAUGGUUAUAGUUCACAGUCAUUUACCUUUUAUAUCCAGCUUUCAAAAUGUUUCUGCUGUGUCUCUGCAAAUCAGUGGAUGUGGCUUGUGUCACGACUUGUUUCAUUGUUUUAAUGUCCUCGUUUAUUAUUUUAUUUUGUCAUUAAUUGACAACUCCAGUAUAUCAACAAUGCUCCAUAUCUAAGGCAUGCAUAACUGUAUAGGUGUAAAUAUGUGAAUAUCUAUUCUCUUAAAGCCAUAAGUAUAUCUGUGUCAUAAUGUGUCAAGCUUUCCAUGCUGUAGUCCUGCACUUCCCAGUCAAGCAUGUAUUGUUUGUGAUUGUGUUUUAUUUUGACAGGUAAUUACAAUGAAGCAUGUUCCAUGUGUAGAUAAAACACAAACGCCUAAUGAUAUUAACCUUAUUAAUAAAUCAAGCAGCCCUUAUUGUGAAAUAUUUUUACUGAUGUUUUUUAAUUCAUUUGAAAAAGUACUCCUUAUUACAUGUCUAAUCUGUUUAGUUGGAUUGAACAGGUGUGUGCUUAAAUAUUAACACAAGGAUUAUUUGUUCAUGUAAGAAAGUUAGUGUUGAUGUAAAUUUCAUUAUUUCUGAGGAAGUUCAUUUUGUCAGUCCUAUUUAGCUACAAAAUUACAUCAGUGGGCAAAUAUAGACUUUCCACCAUAAAUACCAUACUCUAUGGCUGCUUUAAAUAUAUUCAUGGGAAAAACAUUGUUGAAUAUAAUCUGGGUCAAUACUUGGAUAAUCUUUACUUUUGUGGAUAGGCAACAAACACAAUCCUUGCAUUGUAUUCACAUUUGACAAAUCUGACAAAUAAUUAAUUUGUAGUGGUUUGAUCUGUGGUAUAUGCAAUGGGACAUUGGGAUUAUAUCGUUGUACUUGCAUGUUGCGUCACUAGAAGAACUGAAGCCUCAAACCUACGUAUUUUAAGAUUGAUGUGCCAUGCCAUGAAAAUCGUUUUAAUCGACAUUUAGAUGAGAGAACACAGUGAUGAGAAAACCCAUGCUGUAACCCCAUUGUAGACUACCAUCUAGUCUCUGAAAAGAACAUAUCUUACAGUGAAGAGGACAGAUGUUGAAAAUUUAUAAAAAAUUAGAAGUGUAGUUCUCAGCAUAAACAGGAAUUUAUGGCAAUGAUGUAAUAGAGGUAGGGUAUACACAAGAAUUAUACAGUUUUUAAAUUAUCUUAAUACAAAUAUAAUAAAAAGGAGCCCAGAGACUCUCUUCAUUUUGAGAUGUAGUCUAGACUUGCCAAACAUUAUAGACUUGCAUGGGCUAUUUUGGAUAUAUUUGUUUCAGGGUCUGUAUGAUAGGCUAACCCUAUAGGUAAUUUGAAGCAAUGAUUGUCAUGAAUAUUGCCCACUUAAAGUUGUUGAUUUUCAAAUCAGUAUUUGUCAUAGGUUUGUAUUUACGCUUAUGGUACAGAUUAAAAAUGUUAUGAUAGAGAUAAUUCCACUUGUGAAGUUAUACAUGCAGACCACUCUUGUACUUGUGGGACAAGCUGAAUAAUGACUCAAGUCCUUUCAUAUUAGCCUUUAAAUGGCAGGGUCCUAACACAGCGCAAGCAUAAUAUUCAGUAUGUGACUUGUGACAAUCAGUUUAGUAAAUCUUUAGAUAGUAAUUAUUGUUUCUAGGUAUAUAUUCUUUUAUUGAUGCUUUAUAUAUAUAUAUUAUUGUCAUAUACACAUUCUGAUGUGAUUCUUGUACAUUUAUCAUGUUUUCACAAAUGACACUUAUCAAUAGAGGAAACCAGUCUUUGUUCAAGGACAGAAGUGAGGGGUGACAAAUAUACUACUCAAGCAAAGUAAAGGAUCACCUGUUCUUUAUAUUUCUAUAAUUAGUCUGUUCUGGCAUGACAGGUUAACUAGUCAUAUAAAAAGGGGCAGUCGGGUGGCCUAAUGGUUACAGCGUUCGCUCGUCACACUGAAGACCUGGGUUCGAUUCCCGACAUGGGUACAAUAUGUGAAGCCCAUUUCUGGUGUCCCCCGCCGAAUAUUGCUAAAAGCGACGUAAAGCCAAACUCACUCACUCACUCAUAUGAAAAAAUCGGGUGGUCCUUAACAUAUUUUGGGUAGUAUAUGUGCACCUUUGUACAUAGUUAUUGGAAGUUGUUAUAAUGAGGGACACCUGUAUGUGUACCAGUAGUAGGGUUAUGGUGAGGAGGCAAAGGGUAGGUUUGACAGAUCAUGAAAGACAUAUUGUAGACACAAUUUACUAUUUGUAUAUAACCAUAGAAUUACAUCUACAUUUUGUUCUCUGAUUUAAGUUAACCCCUUGUAUCAUUCAUUAUGAGUGUUGUUAUUUGGUAUAAAAUCAUUGUUGUUGAACAGUUUAAAGAACAAAUGACAUAUACAAAGUCCGGAGCGUACCGUUGACCUGUUGUUACUCUGUAUAUAUCCAGCCUCGCCACCUUGAACACUGAGACCAGUCUCUGCCUCUACGAUGUCACUAUGUCUCUCCUAAUACUUGCGCCGGUUACUGAGCCGUUCAGCAUUUUCCAUUUUUCUCCAGAACUGUUUUCUAUUGUCACCAAUUUUGGCACACAACAAGAGUAUCAAAUGAAGGAUUUUUGUCCAUCUUCCCAAGGUAAGGGUGUUAAUGACUAUAAAAAGUCCAGUUUCCACCCUUGCCGAACUAUGCUGGAAUUCCGGAGCUCUAUGCAUAGUCCAAUCAAAAU